AUGGAACUCACAACUGUGCCGACAGUGUUGACUGAAAAUAGCAGCUUGUCUCCAGUCACUGCAGAAUGGGAGCUUAUCCACACCAUCGUCCCCCCGUACAUCUUCACCAUAUCCCUGGCAGGUCUACUCUUUAACAGCUUUGUGCUGGUGGUGUUUUUUGCCCACAAAGAUCGACUGACUGUAGCAGAGAUCUAUCUGAGCAACAUGGCGCUGGCUGACUUCAUUCUACUGUGUAGCCUUCCUUUCUGGGCAAUGAAUAUCCUCAAUGAGUUCAACUGGCCAUAUGGAGAGGCCUUGUGCAAAAUUGUCAACGCCCUAAUCAUCAUCAAUUUCUACACCAGCAUCUUCACUCUGGUAAUGAUUAGCAUUGAUCGCUAUAUAGCAUUUGUGAAGCCCAUGAAGGCCAGCUGGCUGAGACGGACGCUCUACGCCAAGCUGAUCUGCUUCAUCCUGUGGAUAUUAGGGGUCUUACUGAGCACACCGACAAUAGCUCACAGAAAGGUGAAGUUCUUUGAGGACUAUGAGACCACAUCCUGCGUUCUGGAUUACACCCAUGACAGCUAUUGGAAGCUGGCCCAUCAGAUUGUGAUAAAUGUGGUGGGCUUUGUUCUUCCUGUUUUGGUCAUUGUUUUCAGCAGUGGAAAUAUAAUCAAGGUUUUAUCUGAGAGGAGGGAAAGUGUUGGUUUUCAUCACACCAGUGAUAAAAAGGCCACUGUGCUGGUGUAUGCUGUUACACUGGUAUUUUUACUAUGCUGGGGUCCCUUCCAGGUAAUUACCUUUCUUGACAUUCUCUGUGAUGUCAAUGUGCUGGAUGAGAAGCUGUGGUCUGACACUCUGGAUAUAGGAGGGCAGCUCUCAGCAUAUCUGGCCUUUCUCAACAGUGUCUUAAACCCUUUGUUGUAUGUCUUCUCAGGGCAGUACUUUAGAAAGAAGGUUAGCGCCAUCUACAGAAAGACUAGAUAUCAACGCAGAGGAUCAGACAUGACCACAUAUCAACGCUCUGCUGUGUCCACUUACAUCAACAGAACAGAGCAAAUUAAACCUGUGGUCAUUUUUAAUGCCAAAGAAUAA